UCGUCUUCGAGGACGCACGGAAGGCACAGCGCGCGCCUUAUCAGUCUGCCCUCCCUCCCGUCUCUCCGCCAUUAUUCAUUAUUACCCCCUUGUUUUUCUCCUGCUAGCCCCACAGGUCGCCACGGCGCUGGAGACUUCAACCCGUUUUCCUCCGUUUGGUUUACAGAGGAGAGGCAGCCCCCCCCCCCUCCCUUUCCUCCUCUCCUCUCCUCGUUGCUGCUCCCUGCCAGACAGACAUGCUGCUCCACGGUGGGUGCUCGCGCUUCCCGCCUCCUCUCCCCUCCGGGACCCGCGAGGUCUGCUGAGACCAUAAAGGGUUAACUCUCCUCCAGUGAGGUCUGCUGAGACCAUAAAGGGUUAACUCUCCUCCAGGCUAACCAACGAGACCAGAGUGAAGGGACCAGAGACUGACCACAACGAGACCAGAGUGACGGGACCAGAGACUGACCACAACGUGACCAGAGUGAAACUGACCACAACGAGACCAGAGUGACGGGACCUGAAACUGACCACAACGGCACUUUCUCCAAUCGUGUUCCCUGUUGUCAUGUUCGAUCUCACCAGGUCAAUCUGUGUAGAGAACGGUCUAACCAGGUCUAUCUGUGUAGAGAACGGUCUAACCAGGUCUAUCUGUGUAGAGAACGGUCUAACCAGGUCUAUCUGUGUAGAGAACGGUCUAACCAGGUCUAUCUGUGUAGAGAACGGUCUAACCAGGUCUAUCUGUGUAGAGAACGGUCUAACCAGGUCUAUCUGUGUAGAGAACGGUCUAACCAGGUCUAGUGGUGGAGAGAACGGUCUAACUAGGUCUAGUGGUGUAGAGAACGGUCUAACCAGGUCUAGUGGUGUAGAGAACAGUCUAACCAGGUCUAGUGGUGUAGAGAACAGUCUAACCAGGUCUAGUGGUGUAGAGAACAGUCUAACCAGGUCUAGUGGUGUAGAGAACAGUCUAACCAGGUCUAGUGGUGUAGAGAACAGUCUAACCAGGUCUAGUGGUGUAGAGAACAGUCUAACCAGGUCUAGUGGUGUAGAGAACAGUCUAACCAGGUCUAGUGGUGUAGAGAACAGUCUAACCAGGUCUAGUGGUGUAGAGAACAGUCUAACCAGGUCUAGUGGUGUAGAGAACAGUCUAACCAGGUCUAGUGGUGUAGAGAACAGUCUAACCAGGUCUAGUGGUGUAGAGAACGGUCUAACCAGGUCUAGUGGUGUAGAGAACAGUCUAACCAGGUCUAGUGGUGUAGAGAACAGUCUAACCAGGUCUAGUGGUGUAGAGAACAGUCUAACCAGGUCUAGUGGUGUAGAGAACAGUCUAACCAGGUCUAGUGGUGUAGAGAACAGUCUAACCAGGUCUAGUGGUGUAGAGAACAGUCUAACCAGGUCUAGUGGUGUAGAGAACAGUCUAACCAGGUCUAGUGGUGUAGAGAACAGUCUAACCAGGUCUAGUGGUGUAGAGAACAGUCUAACCAGGUCUAGUGGUGUAGAGAACGGUCUAACCAGGUCUAGUGGUGUAGAGAACGGUCUAACCAGGUCUAGUGGUGUAGAGAACGGUCUAACCAGGUCACCACCACCACGGUCAGUGCUGUGCGGUCACCAUGGACGGUUGUGGUCUAACCCCGGUCUUGGACUAUACGGCUGAGAUGGAGCGAUACCGAUCUUUCGCUAACUUCUAUGCUAAAACUAACGUGAACAUGAACGCUGUUAACAGCAUGAAUUUCCCUCAGUCGGCCAAGCUCGCCCGGAUCACUCCUCCCAUGUUCCCCGGCGGCAGGCUUGGCGUAGCGGGAGUGACGCCUUGGGGCUGCCAUGACAACGUCAACAUGAACAUCAACGCAGCGGCGAUGCUAUGGGGGCGGAAACCUCCCGUACAUCAGGCCACACCCCUGGCCCCUCCCACAACGCACCCGUCGCCCUUGGCAACGCACAUGCAGCCCCACCCCCACCGGACCGGCGGUGAGGGGAAGCAGCACGGAGGACACGCCUCCUCCUCACAGGGACAGGAAACACAUCAUCACCACGGGAAUAACAACUUCCUGUCAGGCUACACGACCACCGAUCACAUGACAAAACAAGGCCACACCCACCAGGACAUGCUCAGCCUAUCAGAUCGCAACAGCAGCUGCAAUGGAGGAGGAGGAGCCAACGGGGUCAACAUGCCCAACUUCCCCGCUGGAAUGUUGGGGUUACCACCCGGGGUCAUCGUCAUGGCGAUGGGGUCGCAUAAUGGCGUCAACAUUCCAGACUCCUCCCACUUCCAGAUGGCGACCAACCACAACCAGAUGCUAUCGGACUGCCACCACGCCAACCAGACUAACUCCUCCCCCUGCCCCUCGACUUCCCCGGGGAUGACCUCUGGGGGUCAGGGGUCAGGAGCCUCCAAGAGGAAGAGGAAGCGGUGUGGAGUGUGUGCCCCCUGCAGAAGACUGAUUAACUGUGGGGUGUGUUCAGCCUGUAGAAACAGGAAGACAGGUCAUCAGAUCUGUAAGUUCAGGAAGUGUGACGAACUGAAGAAGAAGGCUGGGAGUAUACAGCUAGAGAGUCCUCCCUCGGUGCCCAGUGGAGAAGCUUUCAGAUGGUUCUUCUAGAGGUCGAACAGCAACUCUUGAAAAGCUGAAGAUGUGGAAAGGAGAACUCCUGCUCGUCUUUACUAGCCUAUAACUAGUCUAUAACUAGUCUAUAACUAGUAACUUGUUUCAGUUUUUCACCUCGUGACUGGUUUCUCUCUCAGAAAUAGAGUCUUAUAGAACUGGCCUCCCCCCACCCCUUCCCCCAGUCAGUGAUGUCGUGAUGGGGCCCGAGAUUCUGUCUCUUAUACUCUCUACCUCCUUCCACAACAACAACAACAACAACAACAACAACAACAACAACAACAACAACAACAGUGUUCUAACUCUUCCUCAAUGUAGCUCAGUCAGUCCGAUGUGUUUUCAGGACAGUACAUCGCUCUGCAGUGAGAGCAGAAACCUUUAGAACCCAGGAGGUUCCUCCUUCAUGUUCUGAUGUUUAACAACUACGAACCGGGAAACAUUUAAGGUUGUGUGUUCAAACGCCACCCUCUUCCCUGUAAAGUUUGAAUUUGGACAUAUACUAUAUUAUAUAGUGUGUUAUACUUACGCUAUAUAGUGCAUUACUUUGAAUGUAGUGCAUUGUGGAGGGAAUAGGAUGCUGCCUGACACUCUUUUCGUUGAAUUAAGCCCCUCCUCUCUAACUGCCUGGGACCCUUUUUGUCGAAUUAAGCCCCUCCUCUCUAACUGCCUGGGACCCUUUUCGUUGAAUUAAGCCCCUCAUCUCUAACUGCCUGGGACCCUUUUCACUGAAUAAGCCCCUCCUCUCUAACUGCCUGGGACCCUUUUCACUGAAUAAGCCCCUCGUCUCUAACUGCCUGGGACCCUUUUCGUUGAAUUAAGCCCCUCCUCUCUAACUGCCUGGGACCCUUUUCAUGAAUAACCCCCUCCUCUCUAACUGCCUGGGACCCUUUUCAUGAAUAAGCCCCUCGUCUCUAACUGCCUGGGACCCUUUUCACUGAAUAAGCCCCUCCUCUCUAACUGCCUGGGACCCUUUUCAUGAAUAAGCCCCUCGUCUCUAACUGCCUGGGACCCUUUUCACUGAAUAAGCCCCUCCUCUCUAACUGCCUGGGACCCUUUUCACUGAAUAAGCCCCUCGUCUCUAACUGCCUGGGACCCUUUUCAUGAAUAAGCCCCUCGUCUCUAACUGCCUGGGACCCUUUUCACUGAAUAAGCCCCUCCUCUCUAACUGCCUGGGACCCUUUUCAUGAAUAAGCCCCUCCUCUCUAACUGCCUGGGACCCUUUUCACUGAAUAAGCCCCUCCUCUCAAACUGCCUGGGACCCUUUUCAUGAAUAAGCCCCUCCUCUCUAACUGCCUGGGACCCUUUUCACUGAAUAAGCCCCUCCUCUCUAACUGCCUGGGACCCUUUUUGUCAAACACGCCCCUCCUCUCUAACUGCCUGGGACCCUUUUCACUGAAUAAGCCCCUCCUCUCUAACUGGCUGGGACCCUUUUCACUGAACAAGCCCCUCCUCUCUAACUAGUUUGGACCCUUUUCACUGAAUAAGCCCCUCCUCUCUAACUGGCUGGGACCCUUUUCACUGAAUAAGCCCCUCCUCUCUAACUGGCUGGGACCCUUUUCACUGAACAAGCCCCUCCUCUCUAACUAGUUGGGACCCUUUUUGUCAAACACGCCCAUCCUCUCUAACUGCCUGGAACCCUUUUCACUGAAUAAGCCCCUCCUCUAGGACUGGUUGGGAUCCUUUUUGUCAAACACGCCCCUCCUCUCUAACUGCCUGGGACCCUUUUCAUUGAAUAAGCCCCUCCUCUCUAACUGCCUGGGACCCUUUUCAUUGAAUAAGCCCCUCCUCUCUAACUGCCUGGGACCCUUUUCACUGAACAAGCCCCUCCUCUCUAACUGCCUGGGAUCCUUUUCAUUGAAUACGCCCCUCCUCUCUAACUGGCUGGGACCCUUUUUCAUUGAAUAAGCCCCUCCUCUCUAACUGGCUGGGACCCUUUUUCAUUGAAUAAGCCCCUCCUCUCUAACUGGCUGGGACCCUUUUUCAUUGAAUAAGCCCCUCCUCUCUAACUGGCUGGGACCCUUUUUCAUUGAACAAGCCCCUCCUCUCUAACUGGCUGGGACCCUUUUUCAUUGAACAAGCCCCUCCUCUCUAACUGGCUGGGACCCUUUUUCAUUGAACAAGCCCCUCCUCUCUAACUGGCUGGGACCCUUUUUCAUUGAACAAGCCCCUCCUCUCUAACUGGCUGGGACCCUUUUUCAUUGAAUAAGCCCCUCCUCUCUAACUGG